AUGUCAAUAGCGCAUAGAUCAAAGUUUAAAUAUUCAUCACAAUUUAAAGCAUCAAGAGCUAUAACAGCAUGUGCAGAACCUACUUUACAAUCAGUAAGUCAAACUAUUGAAACAUGUCCACCAAAAAAUAUACCAUUAUCACAAGAAGAGGCAGAGAUAUUAGCGCAGCUUGAUCCAUCUCAAUUCAGUGUUGUAACUCCAGUUAACAAAUUGGCUUUUGAUUAUUUAACACAAAAACAUCCAAAUCGGGCAUUCAUCCAAUAUUUAAGAAAUGGUCUAGAACACGGCUUUAGAUUUAAUUUUUCAGGCAAACGAGUAACAAAGAUUCAAGAGAACUUAAAGUCUAUAGAUAUUGAGCCUUCAGCAUUAACAAAUUAUAUAAAUAGUGAAAUAGCUAUAGGAAGGAUGUGCGGGCCUUUUUCUAUAAAUAACCCACCAUGUUCGAUAUUUCAGGUCAAUCCUUGUGGAUUGGUAGAAAAGAAAAAUACCAAUCCUAAAGUAUACCGGGUAAUAUCACAUCUUUCAUCCCCACUUGGCACAAGUAUAAAUGAUGGUAUCGAUCGCAUUGAGUUUGCAACGAAGUAUGAGAACCUAAACCAUGCUAUUGGGUGGAUAACAAAAUAUGGCCGUGGUUGUUUGUUAUCAAAAAUCGACAUUCAAGAUGCAUACCGCAUUUUACCAGUACACCCAGUAGAUCAAGUAUUGCAAGGACUACAGAAUGAAGGCAAUCUAUAUUUUGAUAAAGCUCUUGCUUUUGGAAAUCGGGCUUCAGGAGGAAUAUUUUGCCGCUUUGCGGAUAUUAUUACGUGGAUUGCAGUGCAACAAGGAAUAAAAUCAGUAAUACAUUAUGUGGAUGACUUCUUAAUAAUAUCCAAGUCAGGUGCACAACAAGACUUAGAGCAAUUUCUUCGUAUACUAAAAAUAUUAAAUAUUCCAUAUAAGAAGUCUAAACUAGAAGGCCCCUGUACCACUCUAACAUUUUUAGGGAUCCGCAUCGAUACUAAUGCAUUUUCAGCAGCCAUUCCAGAGGCAAAAAAGCUAAAGAUUAUGGAAAUGCUAACAGAAUGGCAGGCCAAAACAUGGUGUUAUAAAAAAGAAUUACAAUCAUUAGUCGGCUCACUAAUGUGGCUUUGUCAAACCAUGCCCCAAGGCAGACCUUUUGUCCAACGCUUUAUAAAGGCACUAGGUGGUAACAAAAAUUCUAAGUUCCAUAUAAGAAUUAAUAGUCCCAUGAAGGCAGAUAUAGCUUGGUGGCAGAAAAUUCUUCCAAUAUGGUCGGGUAUGUACUUCAUGGAAGACAGAAUAUGGCUGCACCCCAACACACAAAAUUUGUACACCGAUGCGUCUAAUUUAGGUGGUGGUGCAACUUACGAUAUUUACUUUACGGCCUUUAACUGGUCCCAAGCGGUAGAUAUAACGAAACAUAGCAUUCAGAUGCGUGAAUUAUUAACAUGCUUGAUAGCAAUGAUGACCUUCGCACCAUUAUGGCUAAGGAAACGUUUAAUCAUUUGGACAGAUAAUCAAGCAAACGCAGAGGCAUUUUAUUCUGGCUUCUGCCGUAACUCAAUUAUUAACAAAAUAAUAGCAAGCAUGUACAUGGCACAGAUUCGCGGUAAUUACUCAGUAAAAUUAGAACAUAUAGCCGGGAAAAAUAACAAAGACGCAGAUCUGUUAUCACGAAAUGGGCACAAACAAUUCAGGAUGCAGAACCCCUUGGCACGAUACUUAAAUCCUGUAAUUCCAGAUGAGUAUACUAACCUGAUAACAACAUUCAAUUUAUAG